CUCCUCGCCCCCGUGGACUGCCCCCGGUCUACACCCCGCCCCCAGUGGGGCGCAGAGCUGAGCCAAGAUGGCGGCCGAGUCGGAGUACGAGUCAGUCCUCUGUGUGAAGCCGGACGUCAGUGUCUACCGGAUUCCACCUCGGGCCUCCAAUCGCGGCUACAGGGCAUCUGACUGGAAAUUAGACCAGCCGGAUUGGACUGGUCGCCUACGAAUCACUUCAAAAGGGAAGAUUGCCUAUAUCAAACUUGAGGAUAAAGUUUCAGGGGAGCUCUUUGCUCAGGCACCAGUGGAACAAUAUCCUGGCAUUGCUGUGGAGACGGUGACAGAUUCCAGCCGGUACUUUGUAAUCCGGAUCCAGGAUGGCACUGGGCGUAGUGCUUUCAUUGGCAUUGGCUUCACAGAUCGAGGUGAUGCUUUUGACUUUAACGUCUCCUUGCAAGAUCACUUCAAGUGGGUAAAGCAGGAAUCUGAGAUUUCCAAAGAGUCUCAAGAAAUGGAUACACGUCCAAAGUUGGAUCUGGGGUUUAAGGAAGGACAGACUAUCAAAUUGAGUAUUGGGAGCAUUACAACGAAGAAAGGAGGUGCUUCUAAGCCCAGGACUGCAGGGCCUGGGGGCCUAAGCUUACUUCCCCCCCCACCUGGAGGCAAAAUCACUAUUCCUCCUCCAUCCUCUUCAGUUGCCAUCAGCAAUCAUGUCACCCCACCACCUAUUCCAAAGUCUAACCAUGGAGGCAGUGAUGCAGAUAUCCUUUUAGAUUUGGAUUCUCCUGCUCCUGUUAUAACACCAGCACCAGCUCCAGUUUCUGCAAGCAAUGACUUGUGGGGAGACUUUAGCACUGCAUCCAGCUCUGUUUCAAACCAGGCCCCACAACCAUCCAACUGGGUCCAGUUCUGAACAGCAUUGGCAGGACAUUAAAGACAGACUUGAAGAAGAAAAAUGACCUUGAGGGCACCAAUCCGUGAGGGAGGUUAGAAACCCCUUCCCUCCCCAGAACCAAAAUUACCGGACAAUCUUUUUCAUAGCUUCUCUGUUGCAUUCAAGCUGUUUUAUGUCACUUCCCUUUGUUGUUAUUUGCUGUACAGCCAAGAGAGUAUCUGCCAUCCCUUGCUCACUACCAAGUUCAGGGAGUAGUGGGUCUUAAACCAUACUUGGGGCUGACUAUGCAGGGCUCAAAAGGCCAGGGUCUGUUUGAGGUGGAAGUGACCUCUAACAUUUAUAAAAUUCUCCAUCUUUUAAAUUCUUUACUGAAUCAUCUCAUGAACCCAGUGUGCCUCUUUGUGAAGCUCUAUUUAACAAUUUCAGGGAGACAAAAACCUUGAAACUUCUUCUUCAUUAACCCAAGACUCUAAAAAUGGACAGCCUGACUUUAGUGUUUACAAAUUAAGAAUUUUGAUAGGGGAACAUAUGGAGAAAGACCUGUUCCCUGAGUCUCUGCUGUAUAUCCUUUAGGCUUAUCCUGUUCAGUAAAAAUCCACUGCUGGGUGCAGCCCCAUCCCCCUCUUGUGUGUUUACAUGUUCUUGCUACAAUAAGAGAGUUGUGUUGGGAGCACCUACAUGAUUCUUUUCUGUUGGUUGAAUAGUGCAACAUCUUUGACCAGUGGGUGCCCCUCAGAUGAAGGGGGUUCAAGGGGCUGUACUUUCCCAGUUGUAUGCUAGAGAAGUAUUUGUUUUCUUGCAGCUCCAUCUAGUUGCUGCUUUUGAAGCACAGCUUUACUUUGUAUUUGUCCCAUUAUUUGACCUAAAGUUGAAGAGUUUAGAGUUUUUAACUUCAUCUGUAGAGCAGAGAGGUUGAAAGCACUUAACUCUUGUUUAAUACCCACAUUGCCUUGCUGCCUGGGUAUCUGAGCCCUUUCCAUAAACAUUUCUUUUUCAAUCCAUCUAGCCCUUUGGUAGAAUGCUGCUACUAUAUACAUUGCCAUUUAUGAAAGAAGUUGAAGAGUCAUAGCUUUAGCUGUGACAGGUUUGCCCAAGUGAAGGCUUUGAUACUCAUCACCCAGGACAUCUCAAAAGCAAGUUGCUCUCCUACUAUGUUCCUUUCCUGUGCCCCGCCAUUCCUUAUACAAUGCUGUGAAGAGUGUUCCCCUUCUCAGAUGAAUGGACACUGUCUGUUUAGUUUAUUAAUGGGCAAUUUUGAGGAUGAAAUGAAAAGAUGUAAUUUUUUCACUUAGCGUCUGUUUGGUUGUGUACACUCUGGUUGAAGGGAGAUCUAUCUAGUUUCAAAAUAUAUUCUCUCUCCUGAACUUCCUUUUUAUGUCUUUUCUAACUUUGGGUCCAUUAUUUUUUCAUUGCCUAUCCUUCCAGGCAGCUCUAUUCUUGGCAGAGCCAUGGCAGGACAUUUUUAAAUUCCAAUAGAAAACACUAAGAAGAAAUUCUACAGAAUCACUAGUGACUAACUACUGGGAGCCUAUUUUCUCAAUCUUCCUCCAUGUUGUGUUCUUUGUUUGUAUUCUCAAGAUGAUAAUAUAUUAUGUAUUUGAAUUGCUGAAAAUAUUGAAAAUGAAGUUUAAGAUAUAUGUAUAUAAAGCGUAUGCUGUAUUGGUGCAAUAAUGGUAAUUAAAAAUAUGGAAAAAGGUGAUGUCUCUUUUACCUUUUAAUUUGCUUAUCUGAUUACCUUUUUUUUAAAAAAAUUUACCCAGUAUAAAUGGGCCAGUAGGUAGUUAAAGGUAUUUCAUAUUUACUAUUCCUUUUCAAGAAGUAGCUUCUAAGAAGUUGAGACUAGAUCUCAGUGCUCAGGGUUCCAAACCCAGAGAACACCUAAUUAUUACAGAGAUUGUAUAUGUUCAUUAUUUAUUUGCUAGUAUGGUUUGUUUCAUUUGCUUCAACUCAUCUUCAUGAUCUAGGCUACCUUCCACAUCCCAGAAUUGCACAACUGAGGAGGAUCAGUGUAAGAGAUAGAAUUAAAGUCAGAGCCAAAGACUUUGAAAGCCAGAAAGGAUCUUGGCAUUCUCAUUCAGUGAUUGUCACAGGACAUGAUAAGAAUAAUAUGGAUUUUUUUUUUUUAAAUCUUUUAAAGUAACACAUACUAAUCUCUCUAGAGAGUCUGAUAUACCUCCCUCUUUGCUCCGCUAGUGUAGGGCUUAGGUGUCUUCCCCAACAAAAUAAGUAAUUUCAUAUAAUUGCUAAGGUUGUGAGGCACUGUCAUAGAUAGGAGUGUAUCCUAAACCUCAGGUUUGUGGUUGGGGAAGAAUACAGAGAAUUCACUUUUCUAGCUCAACUUUGUCAAUUAUACAUUGAUACCUGCCUCUGAUGCUGUACUGUAAGCCUUUAUUACUGCUUACUUCCUUCAUUCUGAUAACUUUCUAGCUGUCUGCUGCUUCUGGCUUUCUUUGUUCCUAUCCAGUUUAUGUAUUCCCACCAAAAUAAUCUCCCUAAAGCUAAGCCCUGCUCAUACCCCUCGCUCUCGUACUCAUUGCCUGUACUUGUUCACUUUUGCUUAUAGAACAAAGUCCAAAGUACCAUUCAUUCUCAACUCUCAGUCUUCCCUUUCACUCAAAAUAUGCUCCAGAGUACUAGUCAUUCUUCAAACAUCAUGCACUGAAUGCUUGCUAAAACCCCCUUGCCUAGAAUACCUUCCCUUCUAUACCUGCUUGUUGAAAUUCUUCUCAUCGUGAAAGGUUAGCUCAGAUAAUACUGGAUGAAAUGUUUACCUAUCCUCCCAGUCUGAAAGAUGAUCCCCCUUGUUUUGUUUGGCUAAGGAAAUUCUCUCUCUUACUAGUUUGUAAGCUCUUUGAAUAUGAGACCCACGUCUUCAUUUUUAUCUACACACAGAACUUCACAAACACCUUUGUAGGGAGUAGAUGGUCAUUAAAUACUUGUUGAAUUAACAGUGCUUUCAGCAGAGACUAGAAAUCAGUAAGUUGAGUGUUUUCCUUCUUUUGCUCAUUCCUAGUUGGAUUUUUCCUAAGUAUAUGACUUCAGUAUUCAUUAUAUACUUUGUAAUAGUUGCUGAAAAUCUCAGAGUCAGUCACAAUAUAAGAAGGCCAAGUAAGCAGGGGUGAAGACAAAUUAUACUCUGGUACAUAGACCCUAUGGCCUGAGAAGAGGAACACUAGGUGUUGUGUAGCACAGAUGCUGAUAAAUUUGGUAGCUUACUGUCUUAUUUUAAUGCUCCAACUGGCUAAAAUUACAUUGUCCUUUGUUCGUGUUUAGUUACUUUUUUUCUGCCUAUUUUUUUAAAACCAUGUCUGUGAUUUCCUCUUAACUGUAAAUGAAGACAGUACAUAUGUUUUGUGACUGUAGAACUCAUACUGAAGCACUCCUCCUCAGACACAUUGUCUUGAGAAAGAAAGGAAAAAGGAAGAGUUAUAUUUUCUUGUAGGUCCUUAAGCCCUGGAGGGUGUACAAGCUUGCUUGUGAUGGUUUUCACAUCAAUUUUAUUGUCUGGCAUCUACUUCAGAAAUUUUCCAGAAUUGUUGUUUUCAGUCCACUUUUGAAAGAUGUCAAGAUAUGGGGGUAGAUGUUUUUUUAAAAAAAAAACAAAAAACUGGCAUACUUGAGUUGCCUGCAUCUGAGCCAGGAGUAAAAUUGUCCACUGUGAUUUUACGUUCUGCCCCAUAAAUCUAAGAAUAAUGUCAUACCAUCAAUUAUAAAAUACAGUGCAUUAAGACCCACUAUGGAUGUUUUUGUUUGCUCUUUAAUAUUUUCUUUGUUAUCAUUAUCUGUUCUCUGCCAUUGCACUUAUAACAGGAAAGAAAUGUCAUAGAAGCACUUUGUGUGGAUGCUGCAUCUGGCUGCGUAUCAGCAUGGGACCACUAGAGGGCGUGCUCCUGCUAGCAACUCCAGCACAACUGUCAGACAUAUUGCUCAGACUUCCUGGUGACAGGGGAGGCACUUAAAAAGUAAUAAAUAAAUCAAUGAGAAUGUCCAGUGAAA